GCAGGGCCGGGAGGAGGGGAAGGCUCGGCCCGGCCCCGCCGCCUCCUGAUUGACUCCCAAGUUUCUGCUCCUCCUUUGCCUCAACUUCGCCGUCUCCGGCUGCUCGGAGCGCCGAGCCCGCACCCCCCGGCCCCUCCGCAGCACCGAGCAGGUUGUCGUGUGUCUGUGGGGGCUCGGGGUCGGAGCCCAGAGCAGCCAGCACCAUAGCGUCCAACAGCUGGAACGCCAGCGGCAGCCCCGGAGAGGGGCGGGAAGAUGGCCAGGACGGCAUGGACAAGAGUCUGGACAAUGAUGCCGAGGGCGUGUGGAGUCCGGACAUUGAGCAGAGCUUCCAGGAGGCGCUGGCGAUCUACCCUCCCUGUGGCCGGCGGAAAAUCAUCCUCUCGGAUGAGGGCAAGAUGUACGGUCGGAACGAACUGAUAGCGCGGUACAUCAAGCUGCGGACGGGGAAGACACGGACGAGGAAGCAGGUGUCCAGCCACAUACAGGUUCUAGCUCGGAAGAAGGUGCGGGAGUACCAGGUUGGCAUCAAGGUCUCUAGCCACUUGCAGGUUCUUGCCCGACGGAAAUCUCGUGAGAUUCAGUCCAAGCUGAAGGCCAUGAACUUGGACCAGGUGUCGAAGGAUAAGGCUCUGCAGAGCAUGGCUUCCAUGUCCUCCGCGCAGAUCGUGUCAGCCAGCGUCCUGCAGAACAAGCUCAGCCCCCCUCCUCCUCUUCCUCAGGCCGUCUUCUCUGCUGCCCCCAGGUUUUGGAGUGGCCCUAUCCCAGGACAGCCUGGACCCUCUCAGGACAUUAAACCAUUUGCACAGCCAGCUUACCCCAUCCAGCCACCCAUGCCUCCAUCACUAGCCAGUUACGAGCCCUUGGCUCCGCUCCCACCAGCUGCCUCGGCCGUGCCGGUCUGGCAGGACCGCACCAUCGCCUCCACCAAGCUCCGUCUCCUUGAGUACUCCGCCUUUAUGGAGGUGCCACGGGAUGCCGAAACGUACAGCAAACACCUCUUCGUGCACAUCGGCCAGACAAACCCCUCGUACAGCGAUCCACUGCUGGAGGCUGUCGACAUCCGCCAGAUCUAUGACAAGUUCCCCGAGAAGAAAGGUGGCCUCAAGGAGCUCUAUGAGCGUGGGCCCCAGAACUCCUUCUUCCUCGUCAAAUUUUGGGCGGAUCUGAACAGCACGAUCCAGGACGGGCCGGGGACUUUCUAUGGUGUCAGCAGCCAGUACAGCAGUGCAGAGAACAUGACCAUCACGGUCUCCACCAAGGUGUGCUCCUUUGGGAAGCAGGUCGUGGAAAAGGUGGAGACGGAGUACGCACGGCUGGAGAACGGCCGGUUCGUCUACCGCAUCCACCGGUCUCCCAUGUGCGAGUACAUGAUCAACUUCAUCCACAAACUCAAGCACCUCCCGGAGAAGUACAUGAUGAACAGCGUCCUGGAGAAUUUCACCAUCCUGCAGGUUGUUACGAACAGGGAUACCCAGGAAACCUUGCUCUGCAUAGCCUUCGUUUUCGAGGUCUCCACCAGCGAGCACGGCGCCCAACACCACGUGUACAAGUUGGUCAAGGACUAGAGGGGCCCUCGGGGGCAUGAGGGGCGCACAGGGGAGGGAGGGAGCCGUGCAGAGAUGCCGCCUGUGCCCGGUGCUUCCUGAGAAGUCAUUUGAAGAGAGGAGGAGGAGGAGGAGGAGAAGGAGGAGGAGAAAAAAAAACCCAAACUAUAGCCAAAAAGAAAAAAAGACUGACUUGUGAUCACCGAUGUUUUCUACUUAGGAACAGUUUCUUUUUUUUUAAAAAUAAAUAAAAAAAAAAAAAAGAAGAAUGAGAAAAGCAGCGUAGGGAGAAAGGAAACCCGCGUCCGGCGCUGGAUGGGGAGACACCGGCUCUUGGAGCUGCCCAUGAAGGCUGUGAGCCUGCCGUGCCACCACCAGCAGCGGGAUGUCGGAGCGGAGGGUGAUUCCUCUUUGCUCGGCUGUGGUCCCAGUGCCAAGUGGAGAGGAGCGAGUACGGAUGGGCUGGAGGACGUGGCAUCGCACCAGGGCUGGUUUGAAAUGGAUUGUUGGCAUGGCAGCAGCCACGGCGUCGGUACCGCCCAGCAGAGCCCAGCGGGUGGUGGCGGGGAGUGUGGGGACAGACGUAGCGAGGUGGGAGCAGGUAGGAGCAGGGCAGAGUGGCGGACAGAGGGAUGCUGCCACCUCCCCAGGGAUUGGCACUCAGGAUGCUCCUUCUCCAUGCCGGGGCACUGGGAGCCUGCGGCACUGAAGGCGGGAGGGCAUUGAUGAUGCAAACUAUUUUUUAAUGGCUUAUUUUUUCCCCCUUUUUUUAAAAAUUAAAGUGCUUUUUAAUCCUUUUUAAAAAGACACCAUGAUUGGAAUCAGGAUUGUGCCCUUCUGCAGUGUCCGGGACCUGCUCCCCUCCCACCCUGCUGUGCUGGUGACUGGAGGAGGCGUGCGCGGGGUUGGAGUUGGGCAUGAGGGACUGGCUUGUGUAGAGCAGGUUUGGGGGGGGUCACCAUCUCUCUGUGGUCGCUGCAGACUUGAGGCUGGAUUUUAGGUGGCAGUGGGAUCCCCUGGGGUCUGCGUGUGCUUUCAGGGCUUGCACUUGGGGUGACCGAGCUUAAAUGCACCAUGGUCGCUUGCUGAGGAGCACUCGGGUGAGAGCACUGAGGCUGGAUUUGCCUGAUUUACUUUGCGUAUGUAUGUUUUCCAGCUUUUUUCUUUUUUUUGCUCCACCUUUUUUGCCUUUUUUUCUGACUCUUCUGGUUUCAGCUGCUCCCCAGGGCCGGCUUGCGUGCAUCCCAUGGGAAGCAGCCAGCGAGACAGCUCGUGCAGGGAGAAGCACAUUGUGCAAUGCAGGGCCAGGCUGCAAGAAAGCAGAGUUUGGGACAGAGAGGGGACAGGAUAAGAGGGACGCCAGGACAGGGGGACUGGGUCUGCUUGGAGCUAUUCUUGUGGCUGCAGCCCAAAAUAAGCCAAGGCAGCAUGCCUGGUCCUGAGGCUGCAGCCUGCAAGGGCAGAUGCCAGGCAGAGCAUCCUCAGGGUGCAGGAGGGAUGCAGAGGGACAGAGGUUGGGUCUCGCGGUGGUGGCACGGAGCAGGGUGGCAGGAGGCUGGCAGGGAGACAGGGAACUCUAGAAGAGCAGGUCUGGGUUGAUUUCUCAUGCUGGCAGGGGAGCGAAAGCAGUGGGAGGUGCAGAGCCAGGUGCCGUGGGAGGGUAGGAGCGGUUCAAGGGGUGCUGGAGCUUGGGACAGGGUGGGGACAGGGGACUUAGGCUUGAUGCUGCUGGGUGCAGAGGAGCAGGAGCAGCCCCAGAGCUCAGGAAAGGGCUGCCAUCGCAAUGCCACGUGUCCCAUUUAACAUCGCACUGCUGGGAGAUGCCACCCAUCCCCAUAGAAUGGGGCAGAGCCACCCUGGCCCUGCACCCAGGAGAGGACACAGCGGUGGGGAUGGAUGGAGGUGGCAAACAGGGGGAAAGAGAGAGGGGAAAAAUCCAGGGAAAGGCACUGAUAUCCCAUCCCAGGGCUGUGCUGGGGCAACCUGGCCGAGUUCUCAUAUGUAGCAUGUUUGAUUGUUGUUUUGUGGUUCUUUUUUUAAUUUCUUUGCUUUCACUCACUGAUCUAAAACUCUGGGAACGAAAACUCCAAACUUCCCCACUAUAAAACAGAGGUGUGCCCUGCUCCCGGCCCCGCCGGUGAACGAAGCUCAUCAUUAACUGGACACGUUUGUGCUUCCAUCCCUCUCUCCAUCCCAACAAGGCACCCACCCAACCUCUCCCCACGCACACGGGGCCCCGGCACUGAUCCCAGAGACCCUUUCUCAACCCCCUCAGCCCCUCCGUUCUCCUCCAGUGUAUUUAUGAAUUUCACAUGAAGUACUGUUUUAUUUUUUUAAAGACUUUGUAAAGCUUACCAGGGUUACAAUCACCAUUUUUAGAGCUGUGUCAGUCCACGAUGUUAAAAAAAAAUCCAUUUUUUUUUUAUGUAUUAUAUUUUUUGUGUAUUUUUUUUUAAUCCAGCUGUGAUGGGUUGUAUCAUAUAUUUGUUGUGUUUACUGUAUCUGUCCAACUUCAAAGAGAGGAGACUGUGGAGCUCCAAGAAAACUACGGUCUGCUGAAAAAAAAAAACCAAACAAAAAAAAUCAUUAAAAUUAUUUGUUC